GCCAGACGGCAUUACACUUAAAGAGUUAAAGAUAAGUUCACAGCUUGGCAAUACCGUACACGUGAAACCCUUGCAUAGCAUACACACAGAUGCACAUCCAACAUAGGCUACCGCUAAAUGCUACUCUUGCACAUAACUAUAUGGAAUACUUGCACCUAUAUGUAAAUACAUGUAAAAUAUCUGCAUUAUAUGUGUGUAAAUGUCUCAGUGUAUCUCGAAGGCUUCUCAGUAGAAAUAGAAGGCACAGAAAAGGGGGAGAUGUGGAGGAAUAUUACUGUACCUGCCUACAUUGAGGUGAAGAGAUUAAUCAUCAUCAUAACUGACUUGAAAUGGGACCAAUUGGUGAUUUUUCCCCAUUAGUUUGUAUUAGUUCAAGGCCCUAUCUACUACAGUAUCCAAAAGUGAUGAUGUCAGUGGCUUAUUCUUGCAGUGUGUGAUACAGAGUUUGCAAGCAAAUUCAUCACUAAUUGUGGGAGGAUAUCAAUGUAGCAUAUUCCUGGUGUGAAACAAGGAGGAUUCUGUAUAUUAAUGAAUUCCAGCCUCAGCUGUACCUCUGUCAAAAAUACCAGAUUAAUGAACAGGACUAAUAAGAAUUUUUCAUAUUUGUAAGUAAUACAGAAGUAAGAAAGUGAGAAUGAAGAGCUGCUAAUUAAGUACAAAUACUCUGAAUCUUAUAGACUCCCAGACACCUUGUACAUGUACAUAAGGGCAGUGCAGUGGCUCAGAGGUUAGCACUGCUGCCUCACAGCAAAGUUGUAGCUAAGCAGUGAGAUAAAGUUUAAAAUAUCUGGUUCAGUGUUCAGUGAAGGGACACCAUUCAAGGACAAGCUUCAGUCCCAGUUCCACCUCUGCCCAGUAGAGCAGUCAGAAUCAUAUUAAAUGAGAACUUAAGGAGAUUAUGUAUAUGUGAACUGUAAAUCUCUGCAUUGUUACUUAUGUCCCAAGAAGGCUGCUUGUUGAACACUGCCAGCCUUGUUUACUCCCAAUUUUGGCAUGUGAGUCGUAUUUAGAGAAUCAUACCAAUGAAUUUGCAUGUUUUAACCCAUUUAUUAUAAAAUGAGUAUAUUUAAAUUCACAGUUCACCAUUUUUCAAAGCAUUUCAUAGUUUUUUUCUACCUUUCAGUGAGUCCUUGGACAACACUUGGAACCAGCAGCAAAGAUCACAUCAAAGUGAGUGCCUUGAAUCUAGCGGUAACACCUGAAUAUUGGCAUGCAGAUGGAAUGAUGUGGAUCCAGUAUGGAGCUGUGUCUGAUUCUUUGCCAGCCAGUUUCCUUGUUGGAUAGGGCCAUAAAAAUUAUACAUUUUUGACUGUGGUGUUUUCUACUGGUGGGGAGCCAUUCAACCCUGGGGCAUUUCUGUCUUAUGUGAACUGAGUUAAUCGAAUCUUACUUUUUCAGACAAAUCCAUGGUCCAAGUGUCCCCAAGAUUGCAACCUGCCAUUGCUCCCAAAUCUUAUACCUUCUUUGACUGCAAAAAACUUAAUUUUGCUGUGAGAACUGCUUUAGAAAUGAAGGCUAUUAUUAUUUUGAAAAGAAAAUCAACAUGUUUUGAUAAAAAGAUUUUAUAAGACAGAAGGAAUAUAUUAUAAGAACAGGAGAGAGGGUGCGAGUGGUGUCUGUAUAGACUGCGGCUGUAUCCAGUUAGUGCUGACUGCCUGUUUACUGGAGCAGUAAAUGUACAAGGUCCUUGUCUCUGCAAGCGAUGAACCACAGCUGUCAUGGUAAUGCUUUUUGUUGUGUCUUUAAAUGUUUCCCUCAUCCAUACAGCUCAUGGUGUUUUGAGUAUAAUCAGUAGUAUAAUCAGUCUUUCAGCUACAUCCCUCUCCCCCUCUUUCUGUUCCUAUCUUCUCCAUCCACACACACAGCAGAAAGCUACUGGGAAUCUUAGUUUGAGUGGAGGCCUGUACUAUCCACACUGUUGUUCUUUUUGCAUGAAUAACCUCGGCCAUAGGAGUUUCAUUAAUCCACUCCUUUCACAUGUUGAGGCACACAUGGGCCUGGGAAGCUGGAUGCUUCACCGACAGAUCGAAAGAGAGAGGUGGUGAAAGAAUUUAAGCAAACAGACUUUUUUUUACUGUGGUUUUGCAAGUUUCUUCUUUUUUUCCUAUACAUUUUACUGAUGGCUUCCACGGAAAAUGUAAAAUGCCAUGCAAAUGCAGCUCAGUGGGGGACUUUGUAUUGUAGGUGUGGUGCCUUUAUCUUUUCAUAUCACUCUUCUUUUCUGCACAUAGUAUUGUGGCUAUUACACACAGCAGGACAGGGUAAUGUUUAAUAUCUUGUAAGGCAGGACAAACUAAAGCAAAAAUACAAGAACUGUGGAAAGAGAUUUUUCUUUUCAGUUUCUUUUCAGAUUAGGAAAGCGAUGCAUUUGGCCACAAAUUAACCAAUUUAUUAUGAUUUAUAUCUUUAUUUGAUCUAAUAGUUGCCUAAUUCAUCUAACAUUGUCACAUUAAAUUCAGUUUUGUGGGUCUACUUUUUCCUGUUGAGUGUAGCACUUUACCUUCAGUAGUGAACUGUUACUUUAAGAGAUAACGGUUGACACAUGAAUGACUUCCAGCCCACCAACCAGUGCUUUAAUUCCUGGUGGUCGCAGUGCUGGCUGAUGAUAGGAGUUCAUUUUAUCAGGACAGUAGAAACACUGCUCUGGUGAGUAUCUUCAGACAGGGAUUACUGCUAAGUGGUUUAAAUUGUUGCAUAGCGCACGGAACUUCCUAAACUUGUUGAAGUGCAUGCUGCACGGUCCUUCGUGAUGACAGUCUGGAGGAGCAGCUCUGUCACUUUGGUUUGUCUGGGAGUGUCUUUAUUCCUCGUCGGUCGUUGUCAGUCGGGCUGUCGGGAAACGGGUCUGUGCUGCACCGGCCGGAACCCGUCAUGCAUCAGCAGAGGAUGGAGAUCUGACCGGUCCUAUGGGACCUGCUACUGCGACCAAGCCUGUGUGUCCACGCUGGACUGCUGCCACGACUAUGAGACAGCCUGCCCAGCGGUGUCCUGUGUGGUGAGUGAGUGGACGGAGUGGUCAGGAUGUGCUGAGCCCUGCAGGGCCACCGUCCGCAGGCGGAGCAGGACGACCCUACAGGAGCCGCUCAAUGCAGGCGAACCCUGUCCCCAUCUGGAGGAGCAUGCCGGCUGUGCAGAGUACUGGUCUCAGCAAGGGCACUGUCCCAACUCACUUGUCCCAGCACUUAUUAUCACGGGUGGCUAUGGCAAUGCCAGGAAGAAAAGAGACAUCCCUGAAAGCAGCGACAUUAUAGGGUACUGUGUCCAGUUUCAGUUGACCUCUCUGACAAUAGGAUGCCAGCAGAGCGCAGGCCCACACACCCAGUGGAUGCAGUACCUGAGGGAGGGACACCGUGUGUGUGUCGAGUGCCAGCCGCCUGCUCUCGCUGCUGGACAGACACACUGUGCCGGAGACGGAGAGGAAAAGGACGAGGACAGAAGACAGUCUCUCCAGUGGCAGGCGGUGGGAAACCCUCGAUGCAGGGGUGUGUGGAGGCGUGUGGGGAGGCUGGAGGCCUGCUCCUGCCCAACAGCCCACAGCUUCCUCUUCAUCUAACCUCCUCCUCCUUCCUUCUAUUAGCCUCCCUCCUGUACAUAUUUACUCAGCCACGUGUAUAAAGAACAAUCUGCCAGUAUAAUUACAAACCGGCCAGAAUAAUUACAAACACUGGUCACUAAACUUGUUCUGAGUGCUGGUCAAUGCUCAAUUGUGCCUUUUUAGUUAUAAUUUUAGUUAAUCUUCUCCAGGUCAGUGCAACUAUAUGUAAAUGUUUAUUAACAUGAAUGAAUGAAAGUCCAUAUUUCUUAGUCAGAAUAUAAUAAAUUUACUGUCCUUACUACAAUUUUGGUUUGCAUCAAAAACUGCAAAUUAUCAGUAAAAUGAAAGUCAGCAAUUCCUAAUCAAAAUGUAAAGUGAUCUGAUUUAUUUCAUUUUGAGUCAUCCAAGGGAAUGUUGCUUUUCUUAAGAAAUAGAAAUAUCUUGGGACAUUGAGACACUUUUUUUUUACAUGACAAGUACUGGCUCUGUGUGAAUCACAACCAGUCACAACGCCAAAGUUACAACAUGCACUGAACAAUAGAACAUUUAUACAGAAACAACAGCAUAGAAAGUCAACAGGUAAAAAUGUGUUGUUGUUUUUUUACAAAACAGACAGCCUCGGGACCUACAAACAACAUUGUAUAAGAGCUGGCUAAGGUCGUUCAAAUAUCUUUUUUCAAUUCCCUGGAAACUGUGUACUUUACAAAGACUGAUGGCUUAGGCAAGGUUGGGGUCAAUUCCACUGAGUGCUUAUAACGUAGAAAAAAUAUAGUUUAUGUUUUUAAUUUGUACUAGUUUUAAUUUGUCUCAUGCUCUAAUACUGUUUCCUUUUAUAGUGUCAUGUGUGAUGUGUGUUUUACUCCAUCAAGGCAUCCUGAAUCGACCCCAACCCUGUAAUACAGUGUUAGAUUCAGACCAUGUGGAAUUGGGCUACUUGCUAAAGCAGUGGUUCUCACUGGGUUUUGGAAACUACCACGUCCUUGAAAAGCAAAACAAAGAAAAAGAUUUGAACCUCUACAGAUAAAUUUAGCAGCUACCACAACCAAAUUCUAUUUUAGGUUUCAAUUAAAUGCAUUUACUGUACAGUUGGGAGUCUUGUUAUGGAAAAGUUUGAGACUCUGUGCUCUUCAUCUUAAUUUGUAUCAAUAAAUGAGAAAUAAAGCAA